AUGUCUGCAAACCCAGGAAACGCAUUAAAGGCCUUAUCGCCUACUCCUCCAGAACGUGGGUCCUUUCCGCUGGAUCAUGAUGGUGAGUGCACCAAGCAAAUGCAGGAGUAUCUACAAUGCAUCAAGCUAGUGAGAGGUGAAAAUGCUCCCAACUGCAGACUAUUGGCCAAAGAGUACCUAAAUUGUCGUAUGGAACACCAACUGAUGGAACGAGACGAGUGGAAAAAUCUGGGAUUGCCUGGCGACCCCAAGAAGCCGGAAAGCAGCGAGAAGCAGGCUUAA